AUGACAACCUUUCAGUCUAUUGUUAAUUUAGAGUUCAUAUUUUGCAAGCCCUCAAGAAUGCGCUCAAAUGGUUACAGAAGAGGCACUCGUACGCUUUUUAGAAAAGACUUCAAGAAGAGAGGAAUGCCAAACCCUACAAAAGUGCUGCAGCCAUUCAAGAUGGGGGAUUUGGUAGAUUGUAAGGUUGAUCCAAGUAUUGUCAAGGGGAUGCCCCACAAGUACUAUCAUGGCCAGACCGGUAAAGGCAUAAGUAUAUCGAGAGGACAGUUCAUGCAAGAAUUGAGCAUCUGCAUCUUUCGAAGAGUAAUUUGGAUACCAAAAGAAGAUAUGCAGAACAUCAGAAGAGAGUUCUUGAGGCUAGAGAAGCAGGUGAUAAGGUGA